ACCUUGAGGCAAAGGAGCUUUCCAUUUCGUAAUGCUUGAGGCUUGAGUCCAUGCACUGGUUAACCCUAAUGGUCCGGAGGUUGCACGCCACAGUUUUUAGAGUUUCGAUUGUUCCUUCCAAAUACAAUGAAAAAUCCCCUCCAAAAAUAAUAAUAAUCUUAGCAGCUCUUUGCAUAAGGGCACAUGAGUGAUACAAAUACAUGCCAAUAAUACGGUGUCGUUUGAAACAAUUUAAACAAGUCCCCCGGAUUUAAGGGAUAAGAAACUUAUCUACACACAACAAGAGGAUACGCGCGUCGAGAGUGUCAAGGGUCGGACGUGGAUAAUCUGUUCAACCUAAGAUAAAAUAAUAAUAAAAUAUAAAAAUCCAGUAGCGAGCGAGCGAGAGCGAUUAGUGGCUUAAGAAGAACAGUAACUAAUUGUUAUUGUAAUUAAAUUUUGAAGAAAAUCAAGAUCCCACUUAUUUGUUUCAUGUUUGGUUGUUUUGGAAUCGGAGACUUCACCAAUCUGCAGAAGUGAGCAGAAGAAAUGGUAGGCGGCGGCGGAAGUGUUGUGUAUUGGGGAAGGAAGAGAGAAGAAUUCAAAGGAAUCGCAGUGAUAUUCGGAUGGAUUUCAACUCCAGAGAAUGAAUUGAAGAGCUACGUGGAUUUGUACUUCUCUCUUGGUUGGAAUUCCCUUGUUUCUCAUGCCGAUUUUCUCACUGCGUUUUAUCCUGAUAGGGCCUUGUCAAUGGGAUAUGUUCUUCUCAAUCAGCUUGUUCAGGAGCUCAGGAUUAGACCAUGUCCAGUCGUCUUUGUUGCUUUAUCUGGUGGUUCUAAAGCUUGCAUGUACAAGGUUUUUCAGAUCAUUCAACGGACAUGUGAAGGUCACAUUAAUUUGGAUGAGAGUCGAUUGCUCAGAAAUUGUGUUUCUGGGCAUAUCUAUGACUCUAGCCCAGUCGAUUUUACAACUGAUUUGGGCCUUCAGUUUGCUCUACACCCUGCCAUUCAAAAAAUGCCUAGGCCAUCGAAACUUGUUUCUUGGUUUGCCAAAGGCAUUGUGUCUGGUCUAGAUGGUUUAUAUCUUACAAGGUUUGAGUCCCAGCGUGUUGAGUAUUGGCAGACUCUGUACUCUUCAGUUGAAUUCGGGGCUCCGUAUCUGAUUUUAUGCUCAGAGAGUAAUCACCUUGCACCUUAUAAAAGUAUCUGCAAAUUUGCUCAACGUCUAGAUGAUCUUGGGGGAGAUGUUAAGCUUGUGAAGUGGAAUGUUUCGCUUCAUAUGGGUUAUUACAAGCAUUGUCCAAUUCAAUACAGGGCUGCUGUGACCAAUUUGCUUGAGAAGGCGGCUUCGGUUUUCGCUCAAAGAAUCCAACAACUGGAUGGCAUACAUGAUGAGAUAUCUGAGUUAAUCUGCAACCUCCAGAAUGCAGCAGAUGACUCAAACGAAAGCUUAAGAAGGGUUGCUCUUGGACCAGGUGACCACUUCUUUGUGCCAACGUCAGCAGAAAAUCAUAAUAAUAGACAGUCUGAGCCUUUACAAGAUGAAAAGAAACAAGUGUCCGUUUAUGUACCCACCUCCCCUAGCAUCAAUGCAAAUAGUAUUCUUGGGCAAAUGCUCUUUGAUGUUUGUGUCCCCAAGAAUGUUGAAGGUUGGGAUAUCAGAUUUUCAGGUUCUUUGAAUGGGCAGCCAAUUGGUUCUGCUCAUCGCCAUUCACCUCUUAAUGGAGUAAAAUGCAUCCGUCGGUCAAGAUUAUAGUUAUAUGGUUUAAGCUUGGUCCAACACUUCCGUUCACUUUACACGCACAAACAAAAGCUUAGAGAUGACGGUGAGAUCUUACUGGACAUUUUAUGUGACAACUGGGUUUGUGUCGUUGACUAGUUUUUGGGCCAUUUCUCUGGCAUGAAGUGUACAGGUAGAACAAGAGCAUGAGGGCUUGUAAAUAGUGAAUUACAUGUUCAACAGAACUGGCUUUUCAUGUAAUGUGCUAUAUUGUUAGUUAACUUGGUUGGUCAGAUUAGUCUACUAUGCCUGUCAGGAAAGUACAAAGAAAUCUCAUGACCAAUCCCUCUCUUAGAAGUGAGGACUUCUAGUGGCUUGUGAUCUGAUGAUAGGAAGAGGAGCUGUCUGCUUAAAUUGUAAAUACUAUUGUAUAAUAUGUAUAAAUAUAUAUGUAUAUCUCUUUCUUUUUAUGUAGUUAA